UAAAAAGUAAUUACAAUGUAUCAUUCAUUCUAUCAACCAAUUCUCACUUCUAACUUUGAUUCGUAGUAAAGUAUGAUUAAAACAAAUUAAAAAUCUAAUAAUGGUCGAAUUCUCGUCUGAUAAAAGUUUUCCUGAUAUUGAGGCUCAAAAAAGCCAAAUAGAGAAAACCCUAAGGGAAUGCAUGUCACUGGGACAAACCUGGUAUAUCAUCGAUGCAAAGUGGUUUAAAACCUUCAAAUACUUUGUUGGACUUGAAAACAGUGAACGAGCAGAGAACGCAAUAAACCCAGGUCCAAUAGACAAUUCUCUGCUUUUGGAUGAAUCAUCAAAUCUAAAACCUGGCUUGGUGGAAGGUUUGGAUUAUGUUCCGAUUCCUGAGUCUGCAUGGUACCUCCUUCAGUCGUGGUAUGGACUCAAGGAUAACCAUACAACAAUUGAAAGGAAAGUCAUCAACAUCGCCAGAGAACCAAAAGUGGAAACAAGAUUGGAAGUGUACAAUGUUUGUCUAAACAUAUAUCCCAGCUCUGAGUCUGAGAAUCAUUCAGUCUUCCACUUUAGCAACGCAGAUAAAAUAGAAAAAAUUGAAGAAGUUGGAAGGAAGCUCUUUCAGAUUGCACCGGAAGCAAAAGUACAGGUUCAAUGCUUUUAUGGUCCCAACCAAUCUCAAGUUCUUUCAAGAGAUAACACCAUUUUUGAGGAGUCACUGAACAGUGACUUGAAAAUAGUUGUUGAAGUUGUGGGUGAAGAAGACUCCAAAAGAUCCAGAACCCCUGUUCGAAGGCACAAAGACCCGUGUACAACACGGAGCAUUCCUCGUGUAACUACAAACAACAACCGAUCAAUCCUUGGGUCUGGAAUGGUGACUCGACAAUCGAUUAACUCAGCCUCAGGGUCUGCAGAAGGCAGAGGACCUCCCUGCACCCCUGGCCUGUGUGGCCUCAUCAACUUGGGAAACACUUGUUUCUUAAACAGCGUCCUCCAGUGCCUGAGCAACUGCGAACCCAUUACCCAGUAUUUCCUUGAAGGAAAGCAUGAGAGGGAGAUUAACACCACCAAUCCCCUGGGGCGGGCAGGACAAAUCGCUACCUCGUUUGCUGAUCUCAUAUCCAUGAUGUGGUCUGGCAAACACUCCACUGUUGUACCACAUUUUUUCAAGCUGCAACUAUGUAAAUUUGCACCACAAUUUGCUGGCUGCCAACAGCAUGACGCACAAGAGUUGCUGACGUUCUUGCUUGAUGGCCUUCAUGAAGAUCUGAACAGAAUAAAAGACAAACCCUAUUGUAGCACCGAGGAAAAAGACUUAGAUGAUGAUUCUCUGGCACGAGAGUCGUGGGAGUAUUUUCAAAGGCGGAACGACUCAGUAAUUAUUGACAACUUCCACGGGAUGCUCAAGUCUAGAGUCGUCUGCCCAGAUUGUGAGAAGGUGUCAAUCAAGUUUGACACAUUUAGCACUCUGUCUCUCCCUUUGCCAUUGCGGUGCGAUAGAAAGAUGUUGGUGCGCUAUGUACCUUAUGAUCAAUCGCUUAGUGUGAGGGAUGUGAUGUUUGUUGUACCUAAGAAAGGAACUGUUCGAGACGUGGCAAACGAACUGAGCAAGAUCACCAAUAUAAGACCCGAACUAAUGGUAAUUGCGGAAGUAAGCAAAUGCCACUUUCAUAAAUUCUUUGCCAUGGAUGACCCCGUUGAAUCAAUCGAUGACAGAGAAAAGAUAUUUAUGUACAAUCUUCCAGAACAUCUUGGCCAAGGUGUGGACACUAAAUUAACAGUCUUGCCUAUCGUCUUAUGGGAAGUUCAUGACAACAGGAACGUGCACUUCCUCAAUAGUCUGUUUGGAACACCGUUCCUGAUCAGGCUUCCGCCAGGUGUUAUGUCCUACAAGACACUUUACGAUCUCAUCUGCGGACAACUGAUUCGAUCAUUUGGCGGCUACUUAAAAUCAAAUGUUAACAACAGCUUAUCCAUGGAUAUUGAAACAUCUGUGAGGGAUCGAGAAGAAAGGAACAGCAAACUUUUUUCACCAGUUCUAGUAAACACGUACUGUUAUGACAAUGUGAAGAAAAUUGCAGAUAGUGAAAAUGAUGUCUUUGAAGUUCCAGAAAGUUUUGGCCGUGAGCUGUUGGCUCUCCAAGUUUCCCGGCAGACGAAGCAAGAGUUCUUCCAUGAAUCACCAGUUGUAAUUGAGGAUCACACCAACGGACUCAGACCUUCGCCCAAGCCAACAUUAGAGGACUGCCUCACUCUCUUCACUACCACAGAGAAACUUGGCGAGAACAAUGCAUGGCACUGUCCCAGAUGCAACAUGAAAAAGAGGGCAACAAAGAAACUUGAUCUGUGGAAGUUGCCCAACAUUCUGAUCUUCCACCUGAAAAGAUUUGCUUUUAAUGAAACCCGAAAAGAAAAGCUUGAUACCAAAGUAGAGUUUCCUCUAACGGGACUCAAUAUAGACCAUUAUGUGGUCAAUAAACAUAAAGAAAACCUGAUUUACGAUCUGAUUGGAGUUUGUAACCACUACGAAUUCCUCAUGUCAGGACACUAUACAGCCAACUGUAAGAGCUUCAGGGAUGGAAAGUGGUAUUGCUUUAAUGACAACUCGGUGACACCCAUCUCAGCAUCGUCCGUACAGUCGGAAAGCGCUUAUGUCCUGUUUUACCAACGAAGACAAGGUACAGUGGCAGCAUCUGACGGGGACAAAGUGGACAUGUAGAUAUCUUCAGCCUCACGUGUGGACUGUGUACAGAUCUUGUGAUAUAGCUAAGCGACUGUAAUUUAACGUGUAAUUUACCAUAGCAGAAACGAUCUCUCCUCGCUGAAUAUUUAUUUGUGUUAAGAAGCAAGAGACUAUUAUUCAAAUUAAUCUCGUGGUUUGUAUCAGAAAAUAUCUUAUAAGUACAAUGAACUCACAAUUUGACUUUUGAUGACAUGCUAGACACUGAUUUUUAAUUGUGAAGUGGUUCGUUGUAUUGACCACUCGUGUUCCUAAAUUUCAAUAGAGUCAAAUUCAUUGUGCUAUUUUUUAAUCAAUGAAUAUCCAACGUGAGUUGUAUCAUUUUUUCACCUGUGCUGUUUGAUGAACAUCCUUCAGAGCUUAGUUUAUAAAAAUUACGAUUAAUGGUAUUUCACUUUGGUAAAACAUUUGCAAUGUUCAUUUUGACAUUAUUAUGUUUUAACUAAGCAAUUUCUGUUUUCUGACUUGGGUUAAGCAAGUUUUUUAUGAAUAAUUUUAUGGCUAAUAAACCAAAAUUUCUCCCUAAAUGACCACAUUCUCGCUCUUGUGAUAUUUUGUAGUUAUAAGGCAUAAGUAUUAGAUUUAUUUUUUAAUUGUUUUUUGUUAAACUAAUUGUUGAGCAAAGUAUGCUAUUAUUUUGGGGUUGUACGAUUUAACAGAAACUGUUUCUCAUUUCUGUUGGUUCAAAACAAAUACAAAUGCAAUACUGUACUACUUACCCGUCAAUGAACAAAGCACCUUUCUCAUUUUUACCAUUAUUAGUUUACACUGAUUCUUCAAACUCAUAAUCAUAUUGUGGACUGUAUGUCAUCACUUAAUCAUAAUUUAACAUUUCCAUUAUAUUUCAUUCUACUGAUGGUUGUAUAAGAAUUAACCUGAUUAUGCUUAAUGAAAGGAAUGUUGUUACUUCACACAGAAUUAUAUUAUGCCAUUUUCAA